UGCGCAUGUAGGCGCGCCAGAACGGGCAAGCGCAGCGCUGGGCCGCUUAGUCACCACCUGUCAGUGCCCUGUGGCCCUCCAGGGCUGUCCCAGAUGCGCUUCCAAGGUUGCAUCAUCGCGAGUGCAAACUGCUCGACCGCGCAUCCUCGUCUUUCCUCCGUCCAUCCACGUCAACCGCGACGCCGUCAGCAUGGUCACAGGACCCCGUUGCAGCCUGCGGGCGCGGAGAUGCGCUCACUCGCAGCACGAACUGCUCGCGGCGGUGAGCUGCACACGAUCAGUUGCAGCUUCUGGGCGUCUGCUCGAGAACGCUUUCCGCCUGGUCUCGGUCUAGAGCUGCUAAUCUUACCCCGAAGGCGGCAGGCUGCUCGCCGGCGCUGCUCUGCGCCCAAUACCGGCGCCAGGGGAGCGCGACACACUUCCGCAGGCGGUCCGACGACCUUUUUCUCGCCAUGUCGCGUUGCCCGACCCCCACGCGCCAUUAUCCAACAGCUUCCGCUCGCCUCGGCCGCCCAGGUGCGGCGUCGACGCGCUCGCCAUGGAGACGUCUGCGGCGCUUCGCACCGCUGCAUGACGAGCAGGCGGCGUGACGGCUUCGCUCCCCCGGACUGAGGGGGAGGUGCGCUGGCAGGCCUGCUGUGCAGCCCGCAGCAGUACCUGACGAGGGCAGGGAUCAAAUGCGGGGAGGCAAUCGCGGUGACUACCUGACUACGUCUGAUCCGCCACCCCUCGCAUCCCACGCUACCGA